GGGAGGCCUGUGGAGGCUCCCCCCGGGCCCAAAAUGGCGCCGCGCCUGUAGGCCCCCUGCGGUUUAACCGGGGCGGAGGGCGGCCGGAACGGGCGGCUGGGCUGGUAAAGGUUUAACACGGGCACUGAGAGGGGAGAUGAGACGCCGGGAGCCUCGGGCAGCUGCCGGCCCCGCAGGCGGGCUCGGUCGGGGCGGCGGAGCGGCUGAGCGCUGCCCGCCCGGGCCCCGCGGUUGCGGGGGCGAAACCCGCCGUUCGGUGGGUGCGUGGGGCUUGUUCCAGUAACUCUACAUUUGGAAGUGAGUUUAAAGGAGAAAAAAAAGAAAAAAAGCCCUGUGAAUGAACAGAAUUGCAUAACCAGUCUCUUCUACGUGAAAAAAAACACCACAAAAUGUCUGGGGUUCUCUCACUGGGCUGGAGUUCAGCGGGCUUCUGCCUCUAUGCCGGACAACCCUUCUGCAGGCCAGGGAACGUGGUUCUGCUCCAGGGCCUCCAGCUCGGUCCUGCCCCUCCGCUUUGCUCCUCUGACUUUCCCCAUCCCUCUCCCACCUGAGAAAAUACCUGCCUGUUAGUGAGUGAAUACUUUCAGUUCCUUUUCUUAGGGUUGAAAACCUCAACCUCACGACUCUGGAGAAAGGGAACAAACAAAGUUCACUGUGUAACUUGCUCUCAUCUGCAAGUUAGUCUGUUUGAUAUCAAGCAGAUGGUAAGGGGAGGGCAUAAAAGGGAACAGGAUCCAGAAAACAAGUGACAUGCAGAAGAUAAAGUCUAGGCAAGCAGGAUAGGUUCCCAUAUUGUCCAGAGAGACUGAGGCUGAGAAAGCAGCUUCACUUUCCUUAGCCUAUUUGCAAUAAAUGUGUAUAAUUUUGAUAGAUCAUUUUGCGUGAGUAAAAUAAAUUCUACUAUGUAGUAAAGCAAUCAUAUCCCAGUAAGAAAAGCUAGUGAGGUGCGUGCACCUGAGCUAAGCUGCAGGUUGGAAUUGGGCUGCCUUGCUGAGGCACUCUGAACUGUGUGUGUUUCAGUGCUGUGGAUCACACAGUGAGGAUAUAGACAGCACUACCCUGCCCAGAUGCCUCAGCAGCACCUCCAGUACCAAAAGUUCCUCCACACUCCUAGCAGGUCUCGGGAGCCCUGACAGUGCUGUACGCGAGUGCCGUCUCCUGAGCAGUAUUUCCCGAGAGCUCUGUUUGACCUUUAGCAAGUGAGGCACCUGAACUUCCUCAAAAUGUUGAUUAUGGUCACUGUGAUGCCUGCUGAAGAGGUGAUAGCCCGUCCUCUCUGCCUGCCUCAGCAGUGUGUCAAUCUGUAAGCUGCAGACUGACCUUAUCAAACUCCAGGAAUGGGGCCCAUUAGGCCUUAUCUUAGGACUUUAAAAAGAUAAGGUUGUCUGGGCUUUUCUGUAUUCGGAGUUUUUUUGGGAAUAGGAUCUUUUUGGCUGGGAAUGGGGUCACUCCCUGCUCCCAUUCCUGGGAGCUCUCUAUCCAUGGGGGAUGGCACAAAUUGGAGAGCAGCUACAGAUGUGAGAUCUGUUCCAUCCCUUGGGGGGCUCGUUAUUGCUGCUGGGGCCUCAGUCUGUUAUGAACUAUACUGCUGUAGUCAUAUGCUUUAUUACCAGGAAUUAGCGUAAUAGCAAAUGAUUAACAAAUAAUCACAGGAACCUUCUCACACUGUAAGUUGCUCCUCACUUUUCUCCCCAUUAUAGACGACUCAGAGGAUUUUUAAACAUUCUCCUUUUUGUGAAUGUUUUGGUGUGGUUUGGGUUUUUUUAGCCUGAGAAAGCAAACCAGCUGCUGAGAGCUGAAACUAGAUGUGUGCGGAACACAGCCCAGUGAUUUGCUUUUAUUUCCUGCAGCUGAGCUCUGUCCUUAUUAGACCAGCUGAUGAGGGAAGCUAAUGAUGGCUGAGGAUUGGGCAUGCUCUUUGUUGGCCUGUCCUCAGCUCUGGAAGUGAUCACACAAGUCCUUAUCUCCUGCUUAGUUGCUGCCUUUUUGGGAAGCUGCCUGAAUUCAGCAACAAAGGGCUCAGGGAGGUGAGGCAGAGAAAAAAGUCAAAUCCUUUAUUUUCCAAGGGUCAGGUUGCUGAAUUAAUUUUGGAGGUAACCUUGGCAAAUUAUGUGGUCUGGUUUAUGCUUGAUCCUUAUCUCUCUUUGAGUUGUGUCACUGUAAAUUAAUUGAGACUGAGCACGGUAUAUUUAAUUCUCAUUUAUUUUAUGUGCUUUAGCUGUAGCCACCUUCAGAGCUGUAGCAGAGCUAGCUUAUAGCUGGGUGCUCUUUGCCUGAGUGUAAGAAUCAGUGUUAAUAUGUUUGCGUGCAUGAUAAAUGCAGGACAGGCUUUUAGUUGGUUCUCAUUUCAGCUUCAGGUACGACUCCCCUUUGAAAGCAGCAGCUUCAAUAUGAUAUAUGGGGCAGGACAGGGUGUAGCUCAUUUGCUUAUUGUUGUCUGCACAUUCUGAGUUUGUGCAGUAAUGCUCUGAUCACUAUUGCCCUGCAAUUAUUCUUUAUUGUCACUUCACUACCACGCAUGUCAGCAAAACGAGAUCAGAGAGCACUAGCACUGGUGAUUGCCCCAUUUCUGUCUGAAAAAGUGGCUGGACAAGCUGGUGCAAUUCAUAUGUAAGUAGUAUAAAAUGUGAAUGUUCGUAUUCCAGCUGUUAAUACAGUAAUGAGGAUUGUUAGUUGCACAUAUCUCCACAGAGAUGGAUGUGACCUUGCUUCCUUAUUGCAUUCUCUAGAACUGGUAUUACUAUAUGAUGUUAUUGCCUCAUGGAUAAGGUUUCAGUUUGAGCACUGCAGCUGGGUGCCUGCACAUUGGCCUGACCCUUACGAGUUCGUUGCUUCACGGCUGUGAUAAGGAGAGCAGGGAGAGAUGGCUUUCAAGGAAAGAAAGAGGGUGAAGGUGCAGUGUUUCAGUACGUGCUUCUCUUCAGGAUUUGGGAUUCUGUUUUCAGAUCUGUCGCAAACGUGUUGUGUCACAUCAGAUGGAGUAUCAAAUCUUCUCUCUCAAUUUAUCCAUCAGUCAAAAGAUGAUAAUAAUAAUGUAGGAGAGAACCGUAGGAUUUGAUAAGUUGUUCCUGUUAAGACUGCAGUGUUUCAGAAGGAAACCCUAGCCCGUAGUCACAUUCCUGAGGGCUAAAAUACAACAUGGAAAGUACCGCAAAGAGUGGGAGUUGGUGGAGAACAGACAAUAGAGAGUCACUCUGCAGUUAAGAGUGUGGUACAGUUCAAGCAGGUGACGUACUAUCAUUUGGAUGUCUUCUGUCCUGCUCUCUCUUAUAAUGCCUAUGAGUUGGUAGGUCUCUAACUUUUUUUCCAAUGUUUCUCUUCUGCUUUGGCCACUGAUCCUUGAAAGAGCAAUCUACUGUCCUAGCUCAGGUAUCAAAGCAUCACAACUUGUUACAGACCAGCAAUUGAAUACAUUUAGGGUUUCACAGGAGUUGGGAGCUGGUUGUGUUUCUACACAGGAAUCUCGUCACCUUGGUUAUGCUGGUGGACCCAGCAGAAGCUCCACUGCAAUUGCUGGGUCAGGCUGAAGGGAAGGCAGUGCUAAUAACAGGCUGCGACAAAGGUUUUGGACAUGCCUUGGCAAAACGACUCCACUCAAAGGGAUUUACUGUUUUUGCUGGAUGCUUGCAAGCGGACGAGAAUGGAGACGGAGCCAGGGAGCUGAGGAGCAUGGAGUCAGAUCGCAUGCAAGUGCUACAGAUGGACGUGUGCAGUGACCUGGAGGUGGCUCAGGCUGUGGAUUUUGUGAAGAGGACCCUGAAGGAGCCAGAGGAAGGUCUGUGGGGCCUGGUGAACAAUGCUGGCGUCUCGACCUUCGGAGAGGUGGAAUUUGCAAGUUUAGACAACUACAAGAACGUGGCAGAGAUCAACCUGUGGGGCACCGUGAGGGUGACAAAGGCUUUCCUGCCCCUCAUCCGCCGAGCUAAAGGCCGUGUGGUGAAUAUCACAAGCAUGUUGGGUCGGAUGGUGAGUCCAUCUCGCUCCUGCUAUUGCGUUUCCAAGUUUGGGGUGGCAGCCUUCUCUGACUGCCUCCGGCAGGAGAUGUACCGCUGGGGCGUCAGAGUCAUCCUCAUUGAGCCCAGUAACUUCGUGGCAGCGACAGGCAUCCUGACGGCGGACGGCAUCGACCGGCAGGCUGAGGCGCUGUGGCGCGGGGCCAGCCGCACGGUGCAGGAGGACUACGGGAGGGAGUAUUUCACUCGCCACGUGGCCCUGAUGAAGUCCUUCGUUAACAGUGGCCUGAAGGACAUGUCUCUGGUCUUGAAUGAUAUCACCGAUGCGCUCACUUCCCCGUGCCCAAAGAACCGUUACAAUCCCAUGGAGACCUAUUGGUGGGUGAGGCUGCAAGUCAUGACUCACCUGCCCACUGCCAUCGCCGACUGGCUUUACAUCCCAGGAGCCACCCUGUAAAGGGCCGUCCUUCAGGCAUCCUUCCAGUGCUUGUCUUUACAUCCCAGGAGCCACCCUGUAAAGGGCUGUCCUUCAGGCAUCCUUCCAGUGCUCGUACCGAUGUAGUCAGGGCUGUCUGUGCCCAUUGCUGAUGCAUUUCCCCUGUAGACACAUGUGCUUUCACUUUGGGUUAUGACUUCACAUCUGGUGUUGUAGGGUGUUGAGAACAGCAUGGCAUUCUUCUUUUCUUCCCUAAGUCUUAUUCUUUGUGUUCUCUGCUGUCCUGAUUAAAGCUGAAAGGUGUUUUCCUUUUAACUGUGGAGGAUGCAGAGGAAGGUUAACAUAAUGGGUCAAAUAUGUGGCUAGUGUAAUUAGGUCAGCAGAGUUCUCCCAGUGAUAAAUUUGGCUCGUUAAUGGGCUCUUGCUUUUCCUUACAAGGACAGGCUGCUAAUAGCAGAGCAAAGCUGUUGCUAUGAGAUGUCUCGAAGGGAGAAACUAAAAUGGGAAACAAAAGCAGAGUUUUCCAUUUGAUUGAAAAUGGGUCAGUCACAGCCCUCCGUUGUUUUCGUGAUACUGCUGGGAAGCUGCUGUGCUGUGACUGUCUUCUCUUUCCAGGAAAACAGCAACACUGCCUCUAAACAGCCUCAUUACCUCCCUCGGGGGGGUCAGAUCCCUGCAAAGGGUUCUUCCCUCCCAGCACUGUGGCCAGGAGCUGCCAGAACCAGUGACCACAGACGGGCUGGGCAGGGAAAAGCCCCUCUAAUAAUGAGUGAGCUCUGAGCUAUCCCUCAGUCAGUCCCUGUGGUGGGACUUGCAGUCUCUCCACCCCCUGCUGAUGAGCUUUGUGGGACAGGCUUAAAUCUGAUGUAGCAAACAAAUUUGGCUCCUUUAGCUGCUACAGUAGGUACUGGCACCUGCAACUG